AUGAGUGAAAAGCCGAACGUUACAACCAAUCGUAUAAAUUAUCGGCCAACUUGCCAUGACAUCGAAAAGCGUCCAGCAGCAGCGAUGUUGUCAAAACAUCCUAAAAAUUCGCGCUCUAGCAGUUUUUUAAUGUUCGUUACUUUAAGUAUUAUGGCAAUUUCAAUUGCGACAUUGGCUAUUCUUUUUCACAUGCAACGAAUUGAAUUGAUCCAAAUACGACAAGAUAUACAUCAGAUAGCUACACAGAAUGUAGAGUACAUAAUUAAAGAAUUUAUCGCAUUUAAGUAUUUUUGCCAGCACUACAGUAUGGGGAUCGAACAUAAGAAAUUCUUCAACCUUAUCGUCUCUAGAGAAUGUACCGUAGUUGCCUUGAUCUAUAUCCUAGUUAAUGUAUUAGAAAUGCACAUAGAAUCUUUUAUCGUGCUCAAAGAUGGAUUAAAUGCUGGCAGUGCCGAUAUAAGUAAGUACCAAGGAUCACAAAAAGAUACAACGGCUGCAAGUAAAAGGCGACAUCAGUUUAUUUCCACUACCAAUAGCAAGGCAACUACACCUACAACUCCCAACUUGGCAUCUAGCCCAGCACCAGAUGUAACUCCAAGUAAAAAUGCAACUUCUACGCCUACUGGAAAGCUAAACGCUACUCUAACUUCAUUAUUACAAAAUAAUGUUAAUGGGAGUACUACAUCGCUUAAUUCAACUGAAAGCAGCAUCCAGAAGCAGAAAGCGACUUCAACACCUUAUGAGUACUUCAGAAUUAGGACGAAGGAUAAAACUUUAGUUUAUGUGACCAGAAUUGAUAGUAAAGUGGAUAAUCUUGACAACAAGGUGACGAAACUGCAUUCUUAUAUGAAAAGGAGUAUAAAAAAGUUGCUAAAAUUACACCAGACAUCGCCAUCAAGUGGAAAGAAUAACAGUAAUAAAGACAAAGAUACAGAUGAAAAGAAAGAAAAAGAUAAAAUUAGUGGCUCGGAUUUCUUGGACAUGCUUAAUAAAAAUAGUAAAUUAAAGGACAAGGAUUAA